GAACGCUCGGAGCCCGCGGUAUAAAGGCAGCCCGGGUGGCGGUGGCGGAGCAGAGCUGCGGGCGCCCUGCAGUCGGGACUCUGGGACGCCCGGGCCCGCGCCAGCACGUUUCGUUUCGCUGGGACCCGGCUUGCACAGUGACAACCCUCCGUUCUCUUUCUGUCUCCCUCUUGAAUCCUUCUGAGAUGCCGGCCCUGGGCGCAAUGGGAGCUGCUCGCUUCUUCGUCGCCCUGGUAGCGGUGGCUCUGGGCAGCCACCCUCGGCUCGGAGUGAGCGCCACCUUGAACUCGGUGCUGGUCAAUUCCAACGCGAUCAAGAACGUCCCCCCGCCGCUGGGGGGCGCUGCCGGGCACUCGGGCUCCGCAGUCAGCGCGGCACCUGGGGUUCUGUACGAGGGCGGGAACAAGUACCAGGCCCUUGACAAUUACCAGCCGUACCCGUGCGCGGAGGACGAGGAGUGCAGCACCGACGAGUAUUGCUCCAGUCCUGCCCGCGCAGGGGGCGCCGGCGUGCAGAUCUGUCUGGCCUGCAGGAAGCGCCGCAAACGCUGCAUGCGCCACGCGAUGUGCUGCCCCGGGAAUUACUGCAAAAACGGAAUAUGUAUGCCUUCUGAUCACAGUCAUUUCCAUAGAGGGGAAAUUGAGGAAUCCAUCAUUGAAAGCUUUGGUAAUGAUCACGGCACCUUGGAUGGGUACUCCAGAAGAACCACACUGUCUUCAAAAAUCUACCACACCAAAGGACAAGAAGGUUCUGUCUGUCUCCGAUCAUCAGACUGUGCUAUAGGAUUGUGUUGUGCUAGACACUUCUGGUCCAAGAUCUGUAAACCUGUUCUCAAAGAAGGUCAAGUAUGCACCAAACACAGGAGAAAAGGUUCCCAUGGUCUAGAGAUAUUCCAGCGCUGUUACUGUGGAGAAGGUCUGUCUUGCCGGAUACAGAAAGAUCAUCAUCAAGCCAGUAAUUCGUCUAGGCUUCACACCUGUCAGCGACACUAAACCAGCUGUCCAAAUGCAGUGGAAUCUGCUUAUAUAAUAUAUGCUAUGAAAACCUUUUAUGACUUGUCAGCUCAAUCCUAAAGGGUGUACACAUUUUGUGACUGUAGUUAAGCAUUCCAAUAAUACCUUCUGAAAGUGUGGAGUGUGAGAGCUUUGUUUCUUUAUGGAACUCCCCUGUGAUUGCAGUAAAUUACUGUGUUGUAAAUUCUCAGUGUGGCACUUACCUGUAAAUGUAACAAAACCUUUAAUUAUUUUUCUAAAAGGUGCUGCAUUGCCUAUUGUUCCUCUUUUUAUGUAAAUUUUUGUAUGCAUUG